AUGGGACUUGCUCGCCUCGUUACUCUACUUGCUAUGCCCAUCGCGUCAAUCGUUUUUCCCGCCAAUGCAGGUGGUGGCUUGACGGCUAACGGGGUGGUAAGCAAUUUGGAUGACACUUGGUUGGUGACUCGACAGCUUGGUGGAAAUGGAGGUGCGGAUUCGUCGGUGGCUACGUCUAAUGAAGAAGAAAAGAGCGAGGAGGACGACGAGAGCAGCGACGAUUCAAGUGACGAGGAAGAGGAUUCUAAGGAUUCAAGCGAUGAGGAGAGCGAUGACAGCCAGGACUCCGACAGCACUGACUCGCAUGAAGCAGAGUCCAACAAAUCGAUUUCUCGAGACGAUGGCGACGAAUCCGACUCCAGCGAUGCUGAGUCGGACGACACAGGCGAUGACAGCGAAGAAAACUUGGUCAGCGAGAAUUCAACCGAUGACAAUAGUAGCGAUGAUGACAGCAGUGAAGAAAACUUGAGUAGCGAAGACGAGGAUAGCGAGGGGUCUACUGAGGAGGAUUCCAAUGACAAGGAUUCCAAUGAUGACGAUGACAUCGACAGUGCGGAAUCAAACGGAAAAGCCGAAUACGACGCCAGCAACGAGGACUCCGACGACGAUAAGCAUGCGCGCUGCUAA